GUUGUCCUCUGGAGUGUUACGGCUGCAUGGAGUGCCUUCUUAGAUCCACUUAUUAUUUGCAGCGAAUUGAAGUGUUUCUCUCUUUAGCAACUCUGUAGCUCGGCUUCGAUAUCAUUACAAGUGAAUCGCCGAGAAAUCAUAACAACCUCGGUCUCUUUUUCCUUAACUUGAAAGGAAAGGAACGGACUCGAUAACAACACUUUCUUCUUUUUUUUUUUUCUGCCGACGGUGCCGAAAUCAGACAUGAAAGAAGGGGCCGUUUCCACUCAAAGGAUUCCGACACAAUGCACGCGUUCUUCCCGGCAAAAUUGAGUGGAAUAGCUGGAGUGAAGAGGGGAAACUAAAGGAACAAACGAAAAGGCAUUUUGGGAGCAAGCGGGGGAAACGAGGGUGGGAGAGGGUGAUGGGGAGACCCAUCCACUCCUAAAACCCGAAUCGAAACGCCAGAAAAUCAGAUUAACCCGCGCCAUCCCUCUCCCCUAUUUUUACCAUCUCGCCACGAGAAAAAAAAAAGGUGAGAGACAGAGAGAGAGAGACAGACAGACAAAAAGAAAUAAGUAUCUCCACGUCGUCGCAGUUCCAACCGAAGGCAGCGCGUAGAAAUGGUGAGAGAGGAGGGGCGAGAUUUGCUUUUUGCCAGUUCGUUGGUGCGCGCCCUCCUCUCCAGGUUUGCCUGCAAGUGCGUCCUCUCCCUCACCGGAGGUUAUAGACGCGCGCGCACGAAAAGACGCCGCUCCAUGCCGCCAGAUCGGAGAAGGCGGAGCCAGCGCGGAGCUGGCACCGCCUCCGAUGCUAAGCCCCCCAUUGGCCCGGGAGAAGAGGAGAGCGCGGCGGCUCGGCUCCCGAAGUGCUGCGUCGAGCCGCAUCCCCAUUAGGGAACCCGGAGAGCGCUUUUCCCUUCCGCGGUGGCGCCGUAGUACGGGGGGUGGGGGGUGCAGAAGACGUGAUAAUAAAGAUAACAACGGGGCCAACGCCGAGCGCGCUCUCCCGACUCCUUCCCUCAGCUGUCGUGCGUCUUUCUUUUUUUUCGUCGGCCAAAACGUGUUGAAAACAGAACGGCGGCGCACGAGUUGAAUUCGCUUCAGCGACGGCGGAUGCUUCGUCAUGCGGGCGCCCGAUCAGCGGAGCGACGUGCGGCAGUCAUCGACGUGAGAACGUCUCCCUUCCUCGUGGCGGGCGAUGCGUUUCCCGGAGUCGUCGGCGGCGGCGACGACUACGAACGCUGAGAGGACGGAUACGAUGAUGAGCGCGUUCUACCGCAAGGCCGUAGCCGUCGGCGAGGAGGACGGCGAGGCGGCGAGCGGCUACCGACAGAAGAUGUCGCCGCGUCGUUCGUUCAUGAUCGCGGACAUUCUGACGGCGCCGCCGGGCACUCCACUGGCCGACUCCCCGCUCUGCCUGGGCCCGUCUCCCAUGCACGUGCGGGCAUCGGCGAUGGCAGCUGCCUCGCAGGGCGGCGCGGCGACCGGACCGGCGUGCCUGCAGACGCCGCCGCUGGGCCCCAUGUACUCUCAAGGGUCGGCUGUGGCCGCGUUCCUGCCGGCCGCCCACUUCAUCGGCAAGUCCAUCGAGCAAGGAUCCUUCCUUCUGUCGCCAGGGCUGGCGUUCCCGGGCCUGUUCGGGGGUCCGGGCAGCUGCGAGCCCGGUUCACGGCCCUGCCGGCGUCGCAAGGCGCGCACCGUGUUCAGCGACCAACAGCUGCACGGACUCGAAAAGCGCUUCGAGGCGCAGCGGUACCUGUCCACUCCGGAGCGCCUCGAGCUGGCCACCGCGCUCAGCCUGUCCGAAACACAGGUUAAAACGUGGUUCCAGAACCGGCGCAUGAAGCACAAGAAGCAGAUGCGCAAGGUGGGCGAGGACUCCUCGUCAACCACGGCGGCGGCCAGGCACACGCUGACGGACGACUCGAACCCGGGGUCCUGCGGGUCGGACCUGGACGGCGAACUAGACGUCGUCGGAGACGGCAGCGCCGCCCCGCGGUAGGGCGACGACUCCUGCAGAGAGGACGGCUGUACUCGGCUGGCGGCCUUCUGAUGUGUACAUACUAUAAGCGUAUAUGCACUGGCCACGGCGACGUGACAACAACACCAAGCACGGAUUCAAGUUGAAAGUGGCGCCUUGUGUACAGAGCUUCCGAAGGAUUCACGUUCAGUGGCCUCGCCAUGUUUGACGAGUAACGCAGUUUCGAGAAGGGGUCGAUGGACGCCACUAUAGGUGGCUCGCGAGGGACGUAUUCUUGAAUGAUCGCUUUCCGGAGCAAAGGAACAUUACCGAUGAAUAGCGAGCUAAGUUGCAUUAGUGAUUUACGCAACUGAAAUAGCGAAAUUCUCUUAGAAAAGUAGAUAUACAAAUUAUAUUGUCACUAGGUUGACUUUCUGUUUAAAUGCGGUUGGAUAUCACGCGUAACAUUUUCAAGGAAAACGAACACUUUUGCCCUGAGAGUAGGCCUGGUAAGCCAACAAAGAUGAAGCUUGACGGGUGACGACGCCAACUGAAGUUUCCACACCAUUAGUGACGUCAUGAGUUUUGACAGCGUCUUCUCGGAUGCAGGCAAUUGUUUAUGGGUAAAGAAUUGCAUUGUGUUCUUUAAAUAAAAAAGAAAUACACGACCUAGCAAGUUUCGGUAAAUUUUUACUCCGCCAGAACGGCACGCAUACGGGAAAGCAUACCGGAAGUCUGUGAUGUCACGCUGACAUAGGUUUCUGGGCGAAAUUUGAAAAAAAGAAAAGGUAACUUUGACUCUUAUUUUUUUUCCAGUAAUAAACUUUCUCGUGCCAAAUUAAUGAACAUGUGGUUCUGAAAAAAUCGUUUACCAGUAUGAAAUGAUUUGGUAUUUAUCUCUAAUGUAUCGCUAACUGUUGCCUCAUUAGACGCCGAGCUCGUAGGCAGGCUAGAUUAACAAACAUCCUCCCCACUUUACCAAGCCAAUCAGCGCGCAUCAACCCAGAUAUCCCCAAAAGUGGGCGAUGAAUGAUUGUAUACUUAGGUAUUCCCAGUAUGCCACCAUGGAUGUGCCUAAAAAACAAGGAAAAAACUGAAGAAAUAAUAAAGUCAAUGUUUCGCCCAGAGUAUGCACAACAGGCUUAGCGACAGCUUACAUUGAUUCGAGAAAACAGUCAUGACGUAUUUUGUGAACAUUCCCCUUAAUUUAUCUUUGUCUCGUUUCUUACCUCGACAUUGUUUAGCGCGAAGGUCCAUGAAAGAACAGUAAACUGGCGACACACUGUCGCCUAUGAAGUAUUGUAAUUAAGAAUGCCUUAGCGCCUGGCGAUUCGUCCGAAAAUCCGCCUCCCUGUGUCCAAAUCGUAAGCAAUGCCACAGCGCUGGCUUUGAUGCGAAGGGAAAUGUCGAUGGUGUCGAAGAAACUUGAGCGUUUCUUACAAGCACAAUCAAAUGUUUUCUAAAUCGACUGUUUCUGGAAACAUCACAAGGAGCAACACGUAUAUUUAAUGGCAUUGCACAUCAAAGUACUUCAUGCAAGAAGCCAUGUGUAACGCAAACUUAGCAAGGUCAACGCUCUUUUCUACGUGUCCGAUGAGGAACCCAUUUUGAAAAGCACGAUUAACGCGAUUAUACCUAACCUCAGAAAGCUCACACACCAUCUACGAACAAAUGUCGUCAUAUAAGAUUUGUUUAAUAUUUCUGUUAACUUUUGCUGCAUUCAAUAAACUUCCUGUUGAAAUGCAAUUGAAUGCAAUGUAUAAUUUCGCAGGGGUUCCACAUCGGUGAAAAUCACAAAUCAUUGAUUAUCAUAAUUUGUGGUCAUGGACAGUGCACUAUUUGUACCAAAAGCAAUAUUUUAGUCGAGUUAGAGUUGUUUAAUAUAGUAAUUAAUUAGUCAUUGGUUUUUCGAGCUAUCUACAAGUGAAACUUCGCCCCAGCGUGCCAUAAACGAUACUGUGGUUCUACGCGUUAUGCUUACCACUCCUAAAUCAGCAUUUUGAAUCAAAAUAACUUUUAGUGGGUCUACUUCAUGCAUAUUUGGCUCGAUGAAAGAGCAUUCCGAGGCUUCCAAUUCAGCGUAUUAAAUAUGAUUAGUUGGGCUUCAUAGAGACACGAACGAAUGGCAAUUGAGAUAACAUAAACCGAGUAGCCCGAGACGACAAGCUACGGAAAUGAACGCGACGCGGUCGUAAAAUGCCAAAUAAAUGCCAAAUAAAUGCUUACCGCACGUUAAAUAAUUUGGACACGUGUCGAAGUAUUUGCACGGUUGUGUCUCAUUAUUCGCCACCGUCAUCAUGAUAAACUUCGCCUGCACCGAAAAUCAGUGCCUCUGAGCAUGCGCGUUGCGAAGUUUCACGCGGAUCCUCGGAUGCGCGCACGCAGCUCGGUCAGACGCGCAGUGUUGGUGCGGUACGGACGACGGCCAUCGACAACGCCUACACGUCAAGUGUUUAUAAUGACACAUCGGAUCAUACGAAACCUGUCGAUAGAUUAACCAUGAAGCGACACUUGUUGGCUUAACGAACGGUUUGCACGCCCCGCAAGGCUCUGUGGGCUUUUAUCAUUCAACCGGUUUGGCACGCAUGAGUGAAAAUAUAUACCUUUAACCGCAAGAAGGCAUUCAUGUACAGGCUGCAAUGUCUCUCUCAUGAUGUCGAAGGACAGUGUACAUUACAAACAAACUGUUUUGUUGUAAAUAAACAGUGCAAUUACCUUAAUUAUCUAGGGCAUGAGUUAUUGCUGGACGUUAAACGACAAAUGUGACAAAUAUAAAAUGUAAAUAAAGGUGUCAUCAUGGUAACAUUCUGUUGCCGUUGCAUAGCUCUGAAUUGUGACUCUUAAUGGUGUUUUUCUUUCACUCUCUCUCUGUCUCUUUCGCUGUGUAGGAUAAGAAGUCCGGAAAUAUUUUUUUUUUCCCAGUGGAGCUAAGUAUCAUUGUAUCUCAACGUAAAACGUAAAGGAUAGAAAGUGUCGACGCCCUCAGUCCCUUUAUUCUUACAACCACGUGCGCGUUGUUUAUCGUUAUCAUUAUGUUUGUGUGUCCGAAAGAAUGUACAGUUGAAUAAAAUGCGAGAUUAAAACGUUUACUGAUGCUUACA